GUACGAGAGUAGAAUAUAGUGGUGGUACUUUUCGAAUUUAUUUCCUGCAUGGUGUUUCUUCUUUCUUCUUUUCUUUUUUAAAUUAUCGGUGGCCGUUUAACGAAAUAGGGCAACGCUGAUUAUUCGAAAACAAUGUUUUUAUCGUCAGCACCGGUCAGCACUGCUGAAGUGAAGUAUGGGCUUGCAAAAUAGACUGAACUAAAUUCCGUUUCCCCAUUAAAGAAAUUGAGACUUAAUUGGAGUAUUAGUUGACAAUGUGCUUCACAAAUUUCUGCAGCAGGAAGUUUCCUCCGUGUUUUCGAAUUCAAUUAAGUUUUCUCAGUUUCUUCGACCAUUUCAUCAUAACAAAUCGAUCUCGAGGAGAUGGCGGUUACUAAACUGCUUGGAUUAUUGCUCACCUUGCAAUUCAUGAUGAAUACUGCGUCAACAGCUGGGAUUAAGAGUAGACAAUUGGAUAUACCCGCUUUCAAAGCAUUCUUUUCCCAGAUCCAGUCGCAUUUAGUGAGCGAUAAGGAUCAAGGAUCAACAGGUACCGGUGCUGUUUCAGUUAAAAUUGAAGGACUCAAUCCACCACCCGCUGUUAGCUCUGAUUGGGGGGCUAAUAGCACGUUUGUAAAGAACGCAAACAUGGUUGCUGGAAAUGAUUCCAAAUUUGGAGUAAGUGUAAUCCGAGAUUCAGAAACAAGCAACAGAAAUUUACAUCGUCAAAACGACGGUAACAUGAAAGGGGUGCCAGUAGUGGAAGGCUCACGACCAGAAUCGGAUUUCAGAUCAAUUUCAAGCAGUUCUCACGGAUCGUUUGUGCUCAACCAUAAACGACCUGCUAGUCCUGUUAUCCAAACUGGCAAUUCUCUUGGCGGAAAAUCAGAGCCUUCGCCCUUUCAUUCCCACCAACCGGCACCUAUUCAACCAUUAAAAAGCCAUCCAACCCCUCAGCACUCUCCCCAAACCACAGCCAAUCAAGCGGCUUUUACUCGUGCGGUGCCAUUCCAAGGACCCACUAACGUUCGUGCUACCCCUACAGUAAAUGCGGCAAGUAAUGACUGGAUUCCGAUUUCUCAACCCAUCGGAUCACCAAUUACCACUUCGUAUUCCCAACUGUCGACCAGUAGACCAACCAGCUCUAACGGCCCAAUCUUUGAAGAUACAGCUGUUAAUUUUGACCCAUUCACGUUUAAUAAUGGAAACUCGAACAAAGAGGAAAAAGAAAGCAAAACCAUUGACUCGACCGCCUCUAAUGACACUAAUGAUGUGGUUGACAAUCACAGUGAUCCCAGCUUCUUAACAGGGUUUAGAUUGAAAAAUCCUGAAAUGCAAGAGCCGCUCUAUGGUCAAGUGGUCUCUCCUCCUCAGAAUUAUGCUCCUGUAAGGAAGCCACCUACUAAGCAUACAUACAAGUCUCCGCAUCCUUUAAACAUAAAUCAAAUUAUCGCCGAAGCAGUGGAUCAUAAACCACCAAUCCAACAACAACAAAAACAACAACAACAACAACCCGGAUACAAGUCCAGCAAACCGUCGAUCAAAGGAAAAUUAAAAUCUAACCUUCAUUCCACUUUUGGAGUACCGGAAAAAAGUCUUAAAGCAAAUGUAGGUGGCAAAGAUAUUCAUAAUAUGGGAAACCAAUUCCCAUAUCCACCGAUAAAAACAGAUCCAUCGUUCCGAUCCUUUGGACUUUUCAAGGGCCCUUCCAACGAUCCUCAAUCGCCAGUUCAGAAUAACUUUGAUGACGGUCUUAGGGAUGAUGUCGGUGUGGUCAGCUCGUUUAGCUACUUCCGCAAUCAGGGACCCGAAGCACCUGGGUCCAAAGGCUUUGACCAAGCUUUCAACGUUCAUGCCGGAAGGAACAUCGCGAAACAAUUCAAGCAACACAUGUUUGACCAAACCGGUUUCCCUGGAAAGAUUCAGUAAAGCCCGAUGGAUCAAAAGUACAGGAUCGAUGCAGGAAAAUAAUAGCGCUAAAUCUGAGAAAACCCAGAUCAGAAAAAAACAAAAAAAAAAAACAUAUUGCCUUCAACGAUUUUACGGAACAAUUUAAAUUA